GGGAUUGGGUGUCAUGAAUGCAGCUGUGAAAGAGCAGCUUGAUGCUCUUCUCAAGCAAGCUGCUGAAGGCUCUUUGAGCAAGACCAUGCAGAGUGUUUACUCGUUGCUGAAAGACAGCGGCUACAUGUAUCGUGCCAGGGUGUGUUCCCGCUUUGUUGGGGUGCAUGAGGCCAACAGGGACGGAAUGGGCGUCAGCCCGGACCACGUCCACACCCUGGCUGAGUCCUUCCAUGAGAUGGGGUUUGUGGCCUCUGAGACACGCAUGAUGUGCUUGGAGAUUCCAGCUGGAGAUCCAGAU